CAACAAUUAUACUUCUUCUUUAACACACAAGCGAUCAAGAAGAGAGAGUGUUUCUAGGAUUCACAUAUUCGAAAUCUCUACAAAAAGUUUUAAAAUGUCAUCUAGCAGGAGGUCGAGACAAGCAAGCUCAUCAUCCAGGAUUAGCGAUGAUCAGAUCACUGAUCUUAUCUCAAAGCUCCGACAGUCCAUUCCAGAGAUUCGCCAGAACCGUCGUUCCAACACGGUAUCAGCAACGAAGGUGUUACAAGAGACUUGCAAUUACAUAAGAAACUUGAACAAAGAAGCCGAUGAUCUCAGUGACCGUCUGUCUCAGCUUCUGGAAACCAUUGAUCCUAAUAGCCCACAAGCAGCCAUUAUUAGGAGCUUGAUUAAUGAAUAACUAAGACAUAUGCUGAUUAGUUGUUCUUUAUAUAUCAUUUUAUGAUCUCGUUUUGAGGGUUAACCAUCAUGGUCUCUUCUUAUUAUCUAUUAUAAGUUUCUUAUAUUACAAGUCAAUGUAGCUAGGGUUUAUCUUUGACCCUCUUUUGGCUUAACAUCAUGCCUGCAACCCUUAUAAGAAAACAUAUAUUAUUCAUUAGUUUUAUCUUGUUUAGUUUAAUUUGAUAAUACAUGUAUCAUGUAUGUGUGUUCGUUUGUAUCAUAAUAUUGUAUGUCCGUGUUAGACAAAUGUGAGAUCGUCACUAACCAAAAAC